CUCUUUGUAUUUAUAUUCAUUCAUCUAGUGUUGGCGUAUGGGCGCUAUUCGCCAACUGAGCCAUACAACAAGAAGUUAUAUUCAUUCGUUGCUUGUCUCAAGAUUCCGAAGGGGACAAUCGUCAGGUGCUCAACGGUUGUUCCGAGUUUUCUUUUUUUUCAACUUGUUAUUUCGUAUUUCGUAUUUCUUCAUUUUUGCAAUUGGCCGUAUCGAACCUGAAAGGGAUCGGGUAUCGGGUGCCAUUAAACAUUAAGAAGAAGAAGAAGAAGUUGCUUGUCUCAAACUGUUUUCAAUCUGUGUAUUGUUGCGCGGAAGUGUCGGUGCCAGUUGUGUUACGAGAAUUUUUUAUCGAAAAUGACGACAGUUUUACGCGUAAAACGAAGGAGCAGCGAACUGCCAUCGGACUCUCUCAUGCUCUCGUUUCUUGCCAAACGACGGAAACUCGAUUCACCCGAUGACUCCGAUGUAUGCGUUUUGCCUGCAGAAACUAUUGCCCAAUUUGCCGGCACGCUCAAAGAUCCGACUGAAGAUGUGAUGCAGCACCUGGCUACAUUCCUAUCUGACGUUAACACAGAGAACGUCAAGGGCAUUAAGCGGCCUAUUGACAAUGAUAACGUUGCAAAUACUUCAAGAAAAAUAUGCAAGUGUGCAAACUCAGAGUCUACAAGAGGUCGUUACAAAGUCAUCAGUUGUCAUCCUCUGAGUACUGUGAGUGAGGAGAAGUUUGAGAAUAAAUGUACGACGCUUGUGGAAAUAGAGGAUUGCUGGAGCCAUGCAUUUGAUCAGAACAGUGAAAAGGACACGGAAAAGGAACAGGAAAUUGAGCAGUACGUGUACGACCUAUACUACGCACAGGCUGACGUCGGUCUUGAGCAAAAUGAUAUCUGGGUGCAGGAGUAUAUGUACGAGUGCGACUACGAAUCGAAUGAAUCUAGGUAUGACAGUGAGAACGAGAAUUCCGAGUCGAAUCCACGAAACGACUACCCAGAUACUGAUCCCGAUUGCUCCGGCAAGGGAUAUAACAGUGAAUCCUCAUUCGACGCGGUAUCGGAUGACGAUCUGUACGGCGAGUCCGCAACCGAUAGGAGAUAUUUUAGUUCGAGUUACAACGAUUACAGGCACAUUGUGCAGAACUAUAACACGGAUUCGUCCAGUGAAGAAGAGAACGACGGCGAUGAAUCGUUCGGGAAUUUGUUGUCUAGUGAAGAAGAGGACGACGGGAAUUAAUCAUUCGGGAUUUUUAAAAAUGUGUCCAGGAUCGCUCACAAGUCGAUGAUCUCAUGUAUGAUAAUGAUUUAUGUGAAAUUUACUUUUACAGUAAUCGAAUACCUGUGAUUUAAUUUUAAGAGAUAUAAUUUAAGCAAGAUUUAUAAGAUAAUCAUAAGAUAUAUCUUAAGAUAUAUCUUAUCAGUGCAGCUAUAACACUACGUUUAGGCGAGCUUUACUUUUGUAGUAACUUACUCGAAUUAUCGUGACUUACGAUAAUUCAAGUAACCGUAGUGAUAAAUAAAUAUAUGUAAGGCCAUACAAUAUUAAUCUCGAAAACAAAGGGAAAUUAUUGGACAACUCAGUACUAAAAUUAGAAAUAUUUGAAAAAUUAGCAAAAGCCUCUACGCGCAAGAUAUGAGGAUAAGCGACACGCGAAUGAUUAAAUCUUUCAUUUCUUCAAUUAAAGAAUCUCUCUAGCAUAAGUUCGCAAUUAUAAUGUUCACUUAACGUUUUACUACUUUACAAAGUGCACUUUACAUGGAGUAUCACCUUCUAUGACAUAUUUUAAGGUCAAUUUAGCUUCUAUUUAUGUAUAUUAACUUCUAUUUUUGUAUAUAACUCUUUGUAAUUAUAAUUAUAUAUAAUUAUAUUUUAUAAUUAAUGUAUAAUUCUAGAAUUAUUUUAGAAAAAUAUCCUGCUUGAUUUGCAUUUGCGCCAAAAAUACUUUUUUUGUGUUAGAAGUAUUGAUUCAUUGAAGUUACAAAAUCAUAGCACAUAGCAUUACACUUGUAUUGUAUUUUUUUCAACUGUAUAUCAUUAUACAUAUAUCCCACAAAGGAAGAACUUCUGUCUUUCGACUAAUCUCUUUUUUGUUAGAUGUGAAGAUUAAAAUUACAAAUUUAUAGUACAUAGUCAGGGUUGGAAAAGUUAUUCUGUAAAAAUAACUCGGAUUACAGUUACUGUCCCUUUGUCUAAAAGUUUACUAUUUAUAUUUUUUAAAAGCAACUAAUUACUCAAAAAGUAAGUACUGAGUCGUUAUUUUUUUAAUGCUAAUAUAUGAUAAAAUUAUAGUUAUAGAUAAUAAUGAAGAGCGAUAUUUUCAUUAAAAUAUAAUUAUAUAAAAAUGAAAUUAUAUAUCACUUGAUUGCUGUUGUUAUUGUAUAUUAGAUAUAGCAUUCCGAAUAAUCAAUGUGAAUCCUAUCAAUAAUGCAGAUAGUAGUUCGUAUUCUUUUCAUAAUGCUUCUAUAUUCCAAAAUUUAUCCAAAAAGAAGUAUGUUGCAAUCUUUUUGUAACUGAGCAUACAGUAGACAAGAAAAUUGCAACACUUUUUCUUUGAUGAAUUUUGAAUACAUGGAAAUGCAUGGAAGCCAAAAUACACUUUGCAAUUUCACAAUUUAAUUUUAAAAAAUAAAUAUAUUUUAAUAAGUAUUAUUUCUUGUUGAUAAAUUUAUAAGGUAAUGAUAAAACUAAGUGUUAAAUUUACUCGUUACUCGAAAAAUGUAACGAAUUUACAUAUAUUUAACAUAUAUUCAAGCAAAAAUAAAAAAUCAGCUCGUUUCAGGAAUGCAAAGAUUAAGAAGUUACAAAAUGACGGUAUAUAUCAUACAUUCGUGUAAUAUUGUCUUUUAAAUAUAUAUCAUUACAUAUCCUACGAAGGAAGAAGUUCUAUCAUUCGGCUGUAUAUUUUACAUUGCAUGUGCAGAGUGAAGUUACAAAAUGAUGGCAUUACAUAUUCUCGCGCGUGAUACUUCUUUCAUCAGGUGUGUGUGUGUGUGUGUGUGUGUGUGUGUGUGUGUGUAUGCGCGCGUGUGCGUGCGUGCGUGCGUGUAUAUUGCGAUAAACGCUCGUUCAUAUAGCACCAAAUAUUAUAAUGGCUCAGCAGAGAUUUCUCAAUGAUAAGUUCAAUGCCAGAUCGAGUCUUACGAAGUAAUUUUUCUAAGGCCACGGUUGUAUUCCACAGAAUCAUUCCACUGAUCGCCUCGCUUCGCUCACUGGUAAUGAUCGCAAAUAUCUCGUCAUCGUAGACCGCGGAAUGUUAUUAAUUUUGAAAUAUACGACAAUUAUAAGUACGAUUUAUAUAAACUAUUUCGCUGCUCGAAUUCUUCAAUCGCCUUGAUAUGACGUGACAUGAUAUUACAGGAAUUUCGGAGACGCGUUUUAAACGCUAACGUCAUAGUGGAUUUUUAUCUUGGAUUGGAGCUUGGAUCAGAGAUUCGAUCAGAGAGCGAAUGUUAGGCUACAUUGUCAAGCUCUUAAAACCUAAUUACCUAUCGUUACUGUGUAUUAAAAACGUUUUCUGAAAUAUCGAAGCAUGCGAUUUCUUAAGCCUUGUAUCGUGCAUUGCAAAUGAUGGCGACUGCUUUUUAAUACAGUUACAGAUACAUGGUACUUGCCGCGCGCUAUAAUUUUUUAUAUUUGCACGCGUAUUAAUUCUAUAAAGAAUUUAUAAUAUGAUCCAUGUUAAUGUCACAAUAAAAAUUAUGUUAUAAUCUCUCAGUGUUAUGAAAGAUUCACAUAUGCUUAGAACUUUUAUAAAAGGAAAUAAUUUAUAAGACAAUAAGUAUUAAGCAUAUUAAGUAUAACGUACUAUGCGUAUGAAACAACUUGAAUAUAUCGAAAUCGAGUAGAUUUUAGAGGAAAUUGAUUUUUAUCAAUUAUUAAAUUUGUACAAAACAUGUACAUUCAUAGCUUUAUCAAUAUGUAUAUAGCUCAAUAUAUAUUAAGGGACGUGCUCUUUUAAAUAUUUUAUACAUAUUAUCUGCUGCAACGAGAUAAUAAAAAAAUAUCGGAAAAUGAUGGAAAUUGAAAACUUCGAUAAAGAAUGCGAAAGUAUAAAAUCCUUAGAUUCGUUAAAACUAAAUAAAGUAUUUCUAUUAAAAGAUUGUUUAUAAGUGUGUUUUUGUAUUCACGAUGCAAUAACAAAUAUGUACAGCUGUUUGCAAAAAUGCUUAUGUAAAUUAAUGAAAAAUAUCUUAAUAUAAACGUCUCAUUACAUUGUUUCAAUUGUCUCUGAAGUAAAAAGAAAAUUAAGACAUAACUAGAACAGUAUAUUUUUUUUAUAUUUACAGAUUGUUAAUAAAAAGAAUUUAGGAAGGACUUUCAGGGUAAAUAAUCCCAGAUAGCACAAAAAUCUAACAGACAUUGCAAAGAUGUCUAAAGAACGUCCUUUAAAUAUCUUUGCGAUAUCUUUUGGAUUUGUGUGCUGUCUGAGAAUGCUUAUGAUAAAUUGAACAAAA